UCACUCCAAUCCUGAGAAAGAUUAAGAGCUGUUAGGCCUAGACUUUGAGUUGUGGUCAUGUGACCGGAAGUGAGGAAUGGAUGGACGGUGGAGGUAAAGACUAAGGAAAAAAAUGAUAUGAUCACAGAUGGACAAAAGACUAAACACAUGUCGCCGUCUUGGAUAACAUGUCUUCAUCAUCGCACGAACCUUCCAGAAGGAGAAGGAAGGACAGGUAGCAAUGACUGCCAUGUGAUCGCACAUUAAGUCUCGCCACCUGCGGUAAGAAAAACAGCUGCUUGCUGUUGUGGUGUAUAACGGAUUUCUGGUUGCUGAAUAAAAUCUGUGUCUGGAGAAAUUUUAUGUCCAGUAAGCUUGUGGGCGUCGAUUUAUGUAAGCGCUAAACAGGAUUCUGUUAAACAUCCGGUAAACAUCCGAUUUCUCUGAAAAACGAGGGUUUGGUACAAGAGAGGAUUGUCCGGUCUGUGUUAAAUUGUGGUUUGUUUCUGCUGUUCUCAAGGCUACACGAUGUAAGUGUUCAUCAUCAUCACGGAAUGAACAUCAUGUCAAAUUCAAAUACCCUAUAUUUGACAACCUAGAGCUACAGCCGGGAUUCAAACCUCCCACUGGGAGGUACACGACUUUCUUAAAUCCUUCCCCAUGGAUAAAACAAACCCCUAGUUCUUGAUUAUUCUCUACAAGGCUGCCAAGCCAAAUCUCGUGCGUUUAUUUAGAAACCUUGUUACGUGGGAGAAGAAAAUGAAUUUAUCUGAAGAAAAAAAAAAAUCCUAGGAAAAAAAAAUCACGUGACCAGGAUCCCCAGAAGCACGCAUUUUGCUACUUUGUUGAGUGAGAUGCGGGGUCUUUUUUGUUGACAGUUCAGGAAAUCCUCGCUGCUUCUGGAAGGCAUGUCCCCGAGACGGAGCAGCACGCAAAGGGUUUCGACGAUGGAGAGAGGAAGCCCAACAGAUUUUCUCCGACAAGGCCAGGAACUUCUGAUUGUAAACAAAAAAAAUCUAGUUUAACUUUUUACCGAAAUAUAAACCUGAUUUUUACCUUCUGCCCUUUUGCAACCCUGCUUUCCUGUAUACUACCGAGAGAACUGUUUUGCUCCAGUGCUUAGCCACUAAGACAAACUAUUUUGGGGACUCUGAGCCUCGUUGGGUAUCCUCUGACAGACAAAGCCUUCUUCCAAGACGAAGAUUACGAGGCUUCACACAUCAGACCUGCAUGUCCUUACAGACAUUUGACAUAAAAAAAACAGUAAAUCCUUUCAAGAACUGCACAGACUGUAAGGAAGAGGACAUUCAUCUGCCAUCCCCUGUCAACUUCGCUUUUAACUUCAGGACAGUCUGUCUUUUGAUGUUUCAAGAUUCCCGCUAGCAGCAUUUGACAUCAAGCACUUUGAAAGCUCUCAAAUAUUUUGUCAUUUUUUUGUCUUUUACAAAGAAUGCUAUUGCUUGGGUGUGAAUUCGGGAAAUGAAAAAAAUAGCAGUAGCCAUUGCUAGAAAGAUUGACACCUGACCUAUUCAAAAAGCAGUAUCUGUGUUGGAACUGUUUCUCACACCGAUGAAGACAGCCAUGUGACAAAGAGUUGAGGGAAGGACAAGAAGUCAACUGUCACUCAGGACAUGGAGCUGCCAUGCCGGGAUCGUCUCGGCGUUUUCAACGCCACAUUUUUCCGCCUUUGGUCGUGCUCCAUGUGCUACACAUACCUAUUUCAGGAUUCGAACCCUGCUUUUUUCUCUCGUCUGCCGCACGGUCACCAGCUGCUUUCCACGCAGUCUACGUCUCCGGGGUUUGUCGUCUCCCCGGACAUCGACAAUGUCGUUGCCGUCGGCACCAUCUGCCUCACGCUGGAGGACGAGGAUUGCGAGAGGUGGAAACGGUGCUGCCGAGCUGCCGAGCUCUGUUGCCAGGAGCAGAGGAUGACGUCACUUCCGGUGCCGAGUUCGGCAGGACCGGCCGGCGGUGAGCAGGUCCACGUCAAAGCCGGCGAUGGAGCUGUUCCUGGACCAUCUCCAGACUCUGAAGGCGUGUAUGUUGUGCAUGGAGGAGACACGACUCUCAGCUCAUCCUUGGCUAGCAGGUAUAGACCUGAUGGAAAAGGUGGUUUCCAUGUCUACUGUCCUCACACGUGGGAUGGGUUCGGCUGUUUCCAGGAUACGCUGGCAGGACACACAGCUUCUAUCAGCUGCCCAACGUAUAUUGACCACAGUGAUCCAUCCGCACGUGCUUACAAGAGAUGCACAGAGAACGGCACGUGGUGGCAGGUGGAGAACACCCUACAGGAGUGGACAGAUUACACAGCCUGUGUGCGGAUUGAGGAUUUUCGGACCGUGCAUUACGUGGCUGUCACGUGCAACGUAAUAAGUCUGCUCCUGCUGGUUCCCUCUUGUGCAAUCUUUCUCUCUUAUAGGAAAUUGCGCUCGCAGCACCGGAUUCAGAUCCACCUGCAUCUUUUCAUCUCCUUUAUCGUCACCAACAUCGUCUGGAUACUGUGGCAGAACCUGAUUUACAACGACCGCCUUCACAACCAGGACCGUGACACCAUCAUUCGGAAGGACAUGGUCGGCUGCAAAGUGCUGUAUGUGCUAACUCGUUACUCACUGAUGAGCAACUUCUGCUGGAUGUUUCUAGAAGGAUUUCACCUGCACAGACUCAUCGUGCGGGCGUUCGAGACCCCGAAGUCCAUUCUGCCCUACUACAUCGUCGGUUGGGGGUGCACCUGGGUACCGGUCAUUGUCUACGUCAUCAUUCGAGCUGUGCGUAAAGACAGCGGAUGCUGGGUUCGGAACAUCAAAGGCUUCGAGUGGAUCCUGUACAUACCUAAUCUACUGUGUAUUUUUGUGAAUUUGGUUUUCCUCCUGUCUAUACUGCGCAUCCUUCUCAUGCAGUUGCAGAGCCACCCCAACGAGCCUAGCAACUACAGGCGCGCGCUGAAAGCAACGGCGGUUCUGGUGCCACUGUUUGGUCUUCACCUUUUCCUAAUCAUCUACAGUCCUCCCAUCACCAGCCAAGCAGCUAACAUUUACGAAAUUUUUGCGGCUUUUAUCAAAAACUCUCAAGGAGCGAUUGUCGCUAUCAUUUUCUGCUUUAUGAAUAAAGAGGUACUCUCACACCUGAAGGAAUCGAAGCGCCGCUACCAUGGCUGUCUGGCAGGCAAGGACAAUGACAUGAAAGGCUUGUCCACCAACACUUACGUCAUGACAGAAAGGCAAGGUCAAGGCCGUUACGGAACCGAGGGCGGGACGCAGGAUUCAAAACGAGGCAAGUCUGUUUUGCUGACAGCAAAGCUGAACGGAUCAGGUCCAAGCGGAAACGGAAGUACAGUCAGCAGCUUUGUGUAGCGGAGUCGGCAAGUGAGCAAGUGGGAUGUGCAGAACAACAUUAUCGCUCGUCGUAUCGCCGCUGGUCUGACAGAUGACUUGACAUUUACUCUCUUGCGAGCCGAGUGCAAAGUCCGGUUCAGUCAGACAAAUGCGUUGAAUUCUCUGAUGUAGGCAAAAUUCAAUGUGCUUUUUCUAGUCUUCGAUAUGGUUUGGCCAAAAAGAAAAAAAAAGAAAAGUUACAUCGCAUCUCUCUUUCCUUCUCUUUGUGUAUGUAAUAAUAAUUUGUUGUUCUCCCUUGCUAGCACUUUAUUUGAUGUUUAAGUAGUAUUUAAGUACCUAUAUAUAUAUGUGCCUGAUAGACAACAAAACACCAUAUAAUUGUAUGCUUUAUCUGUUACACAUGUUGCAGUAUAUCUUUAUGUAAUGAAUAGAAAUGUGCAAAGUCAUGGCGAUGUCCCCCUCCUGUUAGGGCCUGAUGGCUAAACAAUAAAAUGUUCUUGUCUUGUCUCAUUGUGCAUGUGUUGGAUUCGGCGAGGGUUUUGGGGCUUUAUAGUACUAAGAAAUAUACAUUUGAAAAUGCAUACUGGGUGUUUUCAGCAAACAUAUAUUGGUUACAUUUGGUUUGACAAUGGCUAAAUGAAACUGAAACAUUUUACACAAGCAAGCUCUCCAACUACCUUACUUACAUUCCCUACACCUCUUACCUCUCUCUCUCUCACACACACGCUUUUAAAACUGAUAUUUGUAUUAUGCAUCACAAACAGACUGUCAGGACCUCAGUUUAAAGCUUUUUUUUAUUAAUUUUUGUGUAUGAGCAUGUAGGUACUUUAGAAUGAUUACAAGUAAUACUUGCAUUCAACGAGAGGUCAGCCUGUGAGAACUUUCAUUAACAAGGUUAAUGUUCAAAACAAUUUUCUUGUAACAAGUAUGAAUGGAGAUUAUCAUUGCUACUUUGUCUACUUCAUCUUCGCAAUCGUUUAUUUCUCACAUAGAAAGCACGACUGUGGAAAAAGGACAAGUAAACGAACAGAAUCCUGUGUUGACAUAUAUAUAUAUAUCCAUUGUUGUCAAUCAUGAUCUUAACUAUUAUAGUCACAGGCUUCGACAUUGAAUGUGUAAUUCUUUUUUACUUCAGACUGUUAAAACGUUAGUAAACAAUAAAUGAACCCACAAACAAAGAUUAAGAACUGUUAAUAAAAGACAGUUUUUAUUUUAAUUUAGAUACUUGUGUAUCUAUAAACGGUAUUCAGACAACUUAGCUUAUUUGUCAACUAUUAUAAUUUAGCUUCGUCAAAUAUUUUGAAAAGGGGAUAAUUAAUAAUGCAGAAAAGGUAAUCUGUAUUGUUAUCUACAGGUCAUUAUUACAGCAAUUUCAGAUUGUUUUCCUGCCUUAAUCAUUGUUUUGUAUACUUACAUACCUUUAAGGUAAAUAAUAGUUUACCACAGCCCUCAUUUUAUCGCUGUUUUAGAAAGAAAGGAUGGAAUUAAAGGAUCAAAAGACAGAACUUCUAAUAAACAGAAAAAUGAAGACAACGACACUAUAAAUCUUAAAUGUUUUAAUUAAUACCUCAUUUAAUGUUUUCUUGUUUUAGUAUUUUGAUGCUUGAAUGUUUCUGUUCUGUGCUUUGUCACAAAGACUUCAAAAUAAAAGACAUCCACGCCUGUGGUUGUUAGCUGAUACCAAAGAACAGGGAAUGAAGUUGGGUUCUGUACAGUUUGUCAUUACAAAUUUCACUUCUUGUUAUGAGUGGAUCGUCUGUGUAGAAUGGUGUGAAAAUUUAGGCUCUAUUUUAGUUUACAAACAUUGUUUAUUGUACAUUGAGUGAUCGACCGCAAUGACGAUUGAUCAGCGAUUGUGAAAGUAUUGUCCUGUAUUCUUGUCUUUAUUUUAUUUAUACACUUCAUCGCCUUUUUCUCUUCUUUUUUCGGAUUAUAUUGUUAUUCUUUGUAGGAAUAAACGAAGGAAAAUAUGAAAUGGUGUUGAGCAUUCCUUGAAAACUUGUUGGAGACUUUUCAUGAGGUGAUUUGAACAUUUUGACAACGGACCAACCUGCUUUGUGUCAAUCAUGUUUCGAGAGUUAGCCUGUGCGAUCUUAUUCUGUUCUCAUGAUUAAUGCACAUCCUUCACAUCACUUUACAAUCGUGGACUGCAAUUUCUUUUAAUUGCGACCUUACUGUAAUUUCUGUAAAGAAUAUUAUAUUUAUAUGAGCUACAAAGUCUCAAUAUCUGUUAUAAAAGUUGCAGGGAGGGGACUGCCCAUGCGUCAGUAUUGUGUCUGAAGUUUGCUCUCUCUCUAUAAAUAUAUCACUUUGUAUGUAUUAUUCACUACUACAAAUGAAGAUGUUAAGAUAGAAUCGACCACUUGAAGGACUGGAUGAACAAAUAGCUACUCGACAUCUUAUAACCGAUCUUAUCUAUUACCAGGGAGCUAGAAAAGAUAAAUAUACAAAUGGGGCAUCAAGAGAGUAGAUAGAACACUUGUAGGACUUCUAUCUUCGCGGGUUUGUCUGAAAAUGUCUGGAAAUGCACAUGUAGUUUUGACAACUCAAGAUUUCUUUAUCAAGUUAUGUAAAACACUUCUGUAACACGACCUAAGCAGUACUUAUAACUGUCUUAGAUUUUU